UACCGGCAUUUUACAAAUCAAAUGAAAAAUAAAACUUUAAAAAAGGCUUGGAUAUUCUUCAUUCCUCUUUUUCGCUUAAUAUUAUAAUCCAGAAAAUAGGUAAAAACAAAAUACUUAAAUACUACAAAACCACUGCACUGUUUUAACAUAUUACAACCAGUACAGAAGUAAAAUAUAGUCUAGCUGAAAGAAUGUCGGAAAAUAAUUCCAAUUUUGAUAGUAACGGAGUUCGUGACUACAACAACGACUCCCAAGACAUUCCAAUGGCAUCGCCAACACAAAGCAGUCCCAUAGCCGGAGCUGCACAAACAAAUUCCAAUCACAAUUCUUCAAACUCGCACAACUCGAAUACAAAUUCAACAAAAGCUUCCAACAAUAUCGAAAGUCAACCUAUUCUCUCCAAAUCACGUCUUCUGGAAUUAGUCCGAGAAGUCGACGCCACUGCACAACUUGACGAAGAUGUCGAAGAACUUCUCUUACAAAUCGCCGAUGAUUUUGUUGAAGAUGCAAUUAAGUCAACGUGCGCUUAUGCAAAGCACAGAAAAGUAUCAAAAGUUGAGGUAAGAGAUGUACAAUUACACUUGGAACGCAAAUGGAAUAUGUGGAUUCCUGGGUUUGGCACUGACGAAGUAAGACCUUAUAAGAGAGCUUCUGUUACCGAAGCACAUAAACAACGAUUAGCAUUGAUUAGAAAAACAAUUAAAAAGUACUAAUUCGACACUUGUAGAAAAUAAAGUCAUGUAGAAUUAUAAAAGAUCCUUUCUUUAAA